CUUCUUAACGCACGUAUGCAUAUAAGUCCUAGCUUUGAUACGUAAACAUUCUGGUAUUUACGUUGUGUAAUAUCUUGCACCCGUUAACAAAGAUAAUUUAGCGCUGCGCAGUUGGCGGCAAGCGAGUGUGAUGUUUACGGCGGAGCGAGGCUUGACGGCUGAAGUAGGGAUGGCAGCGGAGCCGGGACGUGCGAUGUAGCGGGGCGGGCGCCCGGGAGAUGAGCGUGUUCGGCGACUUCCGCGCGGUGUGGGCGCAGCGGUUCCCGGGCAGCGAGCUGCCGGCCGCCUGGGAGCAGGACGUGCGCGCCAACCUGGCCAAGCACCGCCAGCGCGCCGCCGUGCUGCGCGAGGAGCUGGACAAGGAGCAGUUCUACGUGGAGUACCUGGAGCGCCUGCUGGAGGACGUGGAGCGCCACAAGCAGCGCGCCGGGCCGGGCCGCAAGCGCGCCUCCAACUACGUGACGGUCAUCGAGGUGAACGGGCUGCGGCGCGCGGAGGAGGAGCCCUUCUACGACUCGGUGCCCGCGGACGAGGACGAAGCGGACCCUGAGGCUGAGCCCGACCCUGACCCUGACCCUGACCCUGACCCCGACGAGCGGGCCGCCUCUCCACCCGCCGACCCGCCGCCUCCUGACGGUGGGGCGGACGAGGAAGCACGCGUCGCGGGGUCCGACACGGCCCGGAGCGCGGCCAGCUCGGCCACCACCGACACGGACACGGAGGGGGGCGUGCCCACGCUGCCCUCCUGCAGUCCCCUGGGGCCGGCCGCGUCGCCCGCCAAGAGGAGCAACUACGUCAACAUCGAGUACUUCAUCAAGCAGGGGACGGAGAUGCGCAGCAGCUCGCUGGACUCGGAGGAGGACGAGGUGCCCCCGCUGCUCAGGACCAUCUCGGUGGACACCGAGGCGGGCGACGACCUGCUGAGCAACCUGUCCUACGCCAGCAGCUCCUCGCUGGAGUCGGCCCCCGCGCCCCCCCGCCCCCAGGACCCCAACAAGGCGGAGGCCGAGAGGAUGACCAUGUACCGCUGCAUCAUCGCCAGCAUCAUCGAGAGCGAGACAGUGUACGUGGAGUGCCUCAACGUCAUGCUGCAGUACAUGAAGGCCAUCAAGGCGACUCUGACGACGUCGCAGCCAGUCAUCUCGGAGGAGGAGUUCAACUCCAUGUUCUACAAGAUCCCGGAGCUGCACGCCCUGCACCUCGGCUUCCUGGAGGGCCUCAAGAAGCGCACGCACAACUGGGACGGCCGCCUCACCAUCGGCGACCACUUCAGGAUCAUGGCCAGCAACAUCAACGUGUACGGGGCGUUCCUGCACAACUACGGGCGCGCCACGGACACGGUGCGCAAGUGCAGCGCCAACAGCCAGCAGUUUGCGGACAUCACGCGCGAGAUACGCCUCAAGUCGCUGGCCAACCAGACGCUCUCGCUGGAGGACCUGCUGCACAAGCCGGUGGCGCGCGUGCAGAAGAACGCCCUCGUGCUGCACGAUCUGCUCAAGUACACCCCGGAGUCGCACCCCGACCACGCCACGCUCACCGAGGCCCUGAAGAUGACGCAGCACUUCCUCGACGAGUUCAACAUGAUCCAGACCAAGACCAUGUUCCCGGCGGCCGACCGGGCCCAGCGCCGACUGGUCAAGAACUCCUUCAUCGUGGAGCUGGUGGACGGACACCGCAAGCUGCGACACCUCUUCCUCUUCAACGACGUGCUGGCGUGCGCCAAGUACAAGGCGUCGGGGAGAGACAAGUUCACGUUCGAGCUGAAGUGGUACAUCGCGCUGAGCGACAUUGUCAUCUUCGAAGAGCCUGCGGUGGAGCCCCGAGAGACCAGUCCUGCCAACAUCGUGUCCCUCAAGUCGCAGGCAUGCACGGUGCGCGACCAGAUCCUGUGGGAGGAGCGCGAGCGACCGCGCAGCAAGUCGGAGAAGCAGCGCAAGAAGUUGGCGGACCUGGAGGCACAGCUGGUGCUGGCCUCGCCCAACCUCGUGUUCCGUGUCGGCAACCGCAGCUCGCGCGCCUACACGUUCUUCCUGUCGUCGGAGUUUGAGCGCACGCAGUGGAUCGAGGCCAUCCACGCCCUGCAGUCGAGCCAGCCGCCUGGGCCCGGCAGCACGGUCACCAUGUACGAGCUGCAGGCGUGGAUCACGGCGUGCCGCACCUUCCUGAAGACCAACAUGGGCUCCUACCUGCUGCGCUCCGGCCGGGACGAGAGCCUGCUGGUGGGCGACCUGCACCUGCACCUGCGCGACCUGCGCGGCCUCACGCAGCCCGCGGACCUGUUUGUGUGCGUGGAGGUGGACUCGUACGGCCACUACUUCCGCAAGGUCAAGUCGAAGCUGGUGUGCGGGAGCGCGGCGCCGCGCUGGAACGAGGAGUUCAUCGUGGAGCUGGAGGGGUCGCAGAACAUGCGCGUGCUGCUGUACGAGGAGAGCCAGGACCGCGCCCUGCUGCGCGCACGGCACACGCAGAAGCUGAGCCGCCUGUGGCUGGGCGACCAGCCCGUGGACAGGGCCGUGCCCCUGCAGGGCUGCUCGCUGAACGUGACCCUGAGGUUCGUGGCCAGCGAGGUGACGCUGCGCAGGGUGCCCACGGCGCGGGCCGCCGGCCUCUUCGGGGCCAAGAUCCAGCAGGUCUGCAAGCGCCAGAAGAGGGAGGUGCCCUUCAUCGUCACGGCGUGCGUGCGCGAGGUGGAGCGGCGCGGCAUGAACGAGGUGGGCGUGUACCGCGUGUCCGGCUCCGCCUCCGACCUCGGCCGCCUCAAGAAGUCCUUCGAGACCAACUCGUAUGAGGCGGAGCAGCUGCUGAAGGAGGUGGACAUCCACUCGGUGACGGGCGUGCUGAAGCUGUACCUGCGCGAGCUCCCGGAGGCGCUCUUCACGGACGAGCUGUACCGCAGCUUCCUGGGCGCGCACAACGGGCCCGGCGCAGACAAGGAGCGCGCGCUGCUGCACUGCUUCUCGCUGCUGCCGCCCCACAACCAGCGCAUCAUCUCCGCGCUGCUGGCCCACCUCGUCAGGUGCGCACGCCCCCCCUCCCUGCCUUCCUUCCUUCCUUCCUCCCCGUGGCACGGCCGGUCCCGGCGCAGACAAGGAGCGCGCGCUGCUGCACUGCUUCUCGCUGCUGCCGCCCCACAACCAGCGCAUCAUCUCCGCGCUGCUGGCCCACCUCGUCAGGGUGAACGCGCACGAGGCACAGAACAAGAUGUCACUGCACAACCUGGCCACGGUGUUCGGGCCCACACUGCUGCGUCCGGGCUCGGGCAAGCUGGACCCGCGCGGCACGGACUGCCUCGCCGCCAGCACGGUCGACGUCAUGGCGCAGGCCGGCAUCCUCUACUUCUUCCUGUCGCGCGCUGCGCAGGGCGUGCGCAGCUAGGCGCGGCCACACUGGCCCACGCUGCUGCGUCUGUGCUCGGGCAAGCUGGACCCGCGCGGCACGGACUGCCUCGCCGCCAGCACGGUCGACGUCAUGGCGCAGGCCGGCAUCCUCUACUUCUUCCUGUCGCGCGCUGCGCAGGGCGUGCGCAGCUAGGCGCGGCCACACUGGCCCACGCUGCUGCGUCUGUGCUCGGGCAAGCUGGACCCGCGCGGCACGGACUGCCUCGCCGCCAGCACUGUCGACUAGGCGCGGCCACACUGGCCCACUGUGCGUGGGCACAAACCUCUAUCAAAUGAAACUUUCUUUAAAAUGGUCAGAGAUUUAGUUGUCACUUUGAUAUUUCAGUUAGUGCUCUUUUGCUAUAAAAUAUCAAGUUUUUAUGUAACUGUUGCAAAUACAUCAGGAAUGCCUAAUUUUUUUAGAUUUUUAUAUGGAAAUUGGAGAUACAAUUUUGAUGUAAAUAACAAUUGACAAAUUUUUUUUAUCCUACAAAUGAUAAUCCUAAAGAAAUAUAACCCAUACUAAAAUGAUAUAGUGCAUAAAUCUGGCAAACCCAACUCUUGUUUGUGCGGAAAUUAGACUGAAUUUGAUCAGAGUACGAAUAAGCAGGAGCCUGCCUGUUUGGCUGAGGGGCUGCAGAAUGAUCUCAUCUCACCUGGUGUAGACGUAGGAACACAUUGUAGUGGCAUAGCUCGUCACACUCUAAGCAGAAACAAUGUUUAUUGGCUGAAGCAUCACACAUUGCAUUCACCCAAUGAAAAAUACAUCACAUGAAUCAAUAUGCUGUUAAAUGAUGUAGGGCCAUCAUUUAGUUUAAAUGUUAAUAUAUGGUUGCUUUAAUUUAAAAAUGAACACACACUCAUUGUCAUUUACUUGAUUCUAGGACUCAAUUAAGUGUGAUUUACAGAGUCCUAAAAUAAAGAGUAUCUUGCAAUCAGUGGCAUCUUAGAUUUGAGUAUAUACUGUAUGUAGUGGAACCUCAUUCAUAAACACUUGAAGGGACCAUAAUUUUGAUAAUUUUUAGUAAUGAGAUUUAUGCUAACCAACUCUUUGGAACAAUUAUUUUUCUUCUCGAGCAUAAUUAACGAAGCACAAAUUCACAAUAGGAUCACAGAUUUUUAAAUAAUAAUGAUGAUGAUGAUAAUCAUGUUUGAGUGCAAUGUUAUAUAUUUUAUAGGAUUGUACGUACUUUGUAUAAAUUUAUAAAUGAGACUUAACUGGUUUCUAACUGUAAAUUAAAGCUCACCAAACUGUAAACAUACACAUGUUGUUUUAUGUAGUAUAUAUGGUAUAAUAUGUGCUUUAAGGAUGUGUGUUGAUGUGUGGAUUCCUUGUCGUGUUGGUAAAGUGUCGGUUGCCUUGUCACCUAGCGGUAUAACCGCGUGUGGACAGACAGGGUGUAUGCUCUCUUUCUUGUGUUGUGUUUAAUUUUCUGUGGUCUUGUGUUUCUAUCACGUAGCUCUACGUAGUUGCUUAACUUAGUUCCAUUGUCGUGACAAAGAACGGCUCUUUUUACAUUCAAAAAAUGUUUUAUCUUAUGAAAUCAAAAUAAGUGUGUGGAACGCUCCUGAACUCAUAAUGGAACUUCCUGCCAGCAGAGUUUAAUCUACUGUUAACUGAACGUCAGUUUAGGAUUUUGCCUUUCAUGUAAAUUACUUAAUUUAUGUUCAAUGAACACAAAAUUAAUGAAUACCUAGUUAAAUAAUAAUGCAAAAACUGUGAAACUAAAAUGAUUCACCCAAUACGUAAAUUAAAAAUGCUCACGGAUAUUUUGAAUUUAAAAAUUAAUUUUCAAGGUUUUCCUAUAUUUGAGGCUGUUGUAAAUUCUCUAUAUAUUUUUUAAUUUCAUAUGAAAUAGGUUAGAUAUUUAGUAAUUGGAAUUGAAGUCAUAAGAUUUUGAUCCUAUUUGUUUAUGGAGGACAAAGAAGUGGUAUCAAAGAAUUAUAUGACUGGACUUACCACUAAUUUCGUGUUAUGAAUGUAAAAUCAGUAUUUGUGUUUUGUGCAUGCAUCUACUUUCAAGCAAUAAUUUCAGGUACAGAUGUGAAAUGUCUGUGAUAAUUUCCACAUCACUUUUUCUUUGAUAACUCAUGUUAUUUAUUGUUAAACGAAUUUAUGUUACAUAUUGAGUAAAAUGUUGAAACUUGAUUAAAUAGAGAUAUAGGCAAUAUUAAAAACUAUAAAACAAGAAUAUAAUACCAUAUAUGCAAUUAAAUUAUUUAUUUCAGUAUGUUGUGUGUAAGCAAUUAGCCUGAAACUAAAGUUUUAACUUGUGCCUCAACAUAUAACUUUCUAUUACUAUUUUAUUCAAUUCUAAGACAAUUGAUUAUUGAUUUUUUAAAAUUAAAAAAUAUAAUUAUUUACUUAAGAAUGUUCUUUGUAAGUAACUGCUUCACACAAAUAUUUUAACUAAUGCUUUAAUAUAACAUAAUAUAUCCUUGAUUUUAAUCAAUUCUAUAAAUCGACUAUCGAUUGGGUUUAGAGCUUCACAGAUUAUAAUAUUUCAGGCGAGCUCAUCUGAAUUUGGAAUGAUGAAUGUAGAACAAUAGUGUUCAGGAUGUGGCACAAGGAACAAACAGGGGUGACUAGCAACUGCCACAUAAGACAAAUGCUGAUGAUUGCAGGUACAUCAAGCAAGUGAGCACGUAACAAGUCCCUUCUUAAAGUUGAAGCAGCCAAACAAAUGCAAUUUCGACCAUCACAGCCUUUGCACGAAACCUAAAUGUGUUACGUAAAGAGAACCACCUCUUAUGUUUUAAGGCAAACGUUUUCUUUUAGAUAGAUGUGAAGAUCAAAGAAUGCAUUUUAAAAUCGAGGGUAUCUUAUAUUUGAGUAGAUACGUUAGUUAAAAUGUGGGCAAUAAAGGUCCAAGAACUAAGUCCAGUAGAACUCCUUCCUUCCUCUCUCAGGUUUGGACUAUACAACAGUUGAGUUUAUGAUAAUAUAUGUUUGUUCCUGUUUAUCCGAUGGAAAUGAAAUUAUAAGUUUGUUUGUAUUUUCUUAGAACUUAUGUUUAUUUACACGUACAUCAUGAUUUACAGUUAAAAGAGUGCUUGGCUUGAUUACAAAAAUAAUUAAUGUAGGUUUCAUUUUGUAAUGGUUAUUAAAAAUGGUGCCACCUAAUUAUUUGAUGACAAAAGGAAAAAUUUAUAUUGCAAUCUGUAUUGUGAAAUAUUUUAAACACUUUAGUGAGUUGUAGUUUUGCGAGUCACUGGUCCCCAGUAAAAGCAGAGAGCAUGGGAGAGUUCCACACGUUCACAGCAUUUCAUUCCAACUCGCUCUGCUGCUACAGGAAGAACAAUGUUAGUUCUGCCAUUCCUUGAAUGCAAUUGGUAAUUUUUGCAUCUGUUUCUUAACCUAACGUGUGUUUCCUCAUAUUGAGUUAGAACGAAAAUGUUUCUUGCGUACCAAGUCUUUGCAUGGUUGUGUUUGAGUGAUGAUCUUUGCAUUGGAAUUGCUGACUUUGACAUUUUUGUGCUGAUUGCAAAUGGUGCAGCUGGAAUCAAGGCAACUCGCUAUAGUAGUGGCAUAGCCACCAAACAUUAUGUGCGGGCGCAAGAGAAGAGAGAGUAUGUAUGCACAGCUAUUGUAAAAUGUUCUAUGUACUGAUCUAGUCAUGUUGUUAAACCUGUAUGUGUAUAUAUAUGAAUGUGUAGUGUGUGUCCCAUGUCUGAACCUUGCCUAGUUUCCACACCUAAACAUUUCUGUCUUUCCUGUUUCGUACAUCGGCUUAUGAGCUGUCACUGGGAAAUUUCUACUAAAAAAAAGCAUACAUGCUGAGUAGUUUACAUUUUUUUUAUGUAUUUUAUGUAAUGUUUUUUACAAACAUUCCCCACAAUUUUCUAUAAUAUACAUUUAUGGUGGUGGGAGCUAACUCAAAGCCAGCCUUCAAUUACAAAGUUUUGCACAAAUUAAAUGUAUACUGCAUGCGUAAGAGUUACGAAUGUUAAAUAAAAAAAAAUUGUCUGGAAAUAUAAGUGUAAGAGCUUUUGAUGUUUGUUGGAGUGUGUGUUGACAUUUGCAGAGAGAAGGUCAACACUUGGUGGCUUCAGUGAGCUCUCUGCUCAGUCUUCCACAGUUGAGAUUUUAAGUUUACUUCUGUUGUAGAUGUAAACAUUUUUAUGAAAUUAUCUGUCUGUAUUUAAAUGUUAAGAAAAAAAAGUUAGGUAACGUGUAUGUUGUAAAAGUAUAACAUUUAAGUAAUGUCAGGCAAAUGUGCUGAGUGCUGUUCAGAGGAGUAAAACUGGGGUACGAGUUCAUGCCUCAUACAGUACAGGUGGUUGUACCGAGAGGAAUGUAGGAUCUCACGUGACUAGCUAGCUGUUGAGGUCCAUAACCAUACUCUUCAUUACUUUGCAGGGGCGUUAAUGUCUUGUCAGAAAAUUCAUUUCUGUGUAACUGACUUGGCUUACUUGUUUUCACUGUCACUUUUUAACUUCCUGUCACGUAAGUGGGUCUUUAUUGCAAUUUUUUUUUGCGUACACAAGUCUGAAAUGUAAAUGCUGAAAUCUUCUUCAAGUUAUCCUUUUGUCUUAUUGUAUUUUUGUUUAACUUUAGUUGGCUUGUGUUAUGUUGGUGACAGUGCUACACAUCUUGGUUAUGUCAUAAAUACUAAUAUUUAGUUUUAACUUAUUCUCAUGUGUAAAUUGUGAAUUAUUUCUCCUGUCUUGUAAUAAUGCAAGUGACAAUUCCUGCUUAGUGUUGGAGAUAGCUGUAUCUAUCACCAACCCAUCAUAUCUUUAGACAUGUUUACUUGCGAGAGAAAAUCAUUUUGUUACUGGAAGGUUCCGUGUUAUUUCCCUUUGGUGGCUGGCAUGAGGCAGAGUUGCAGUGGUUGGUAUUACUUGUGGCAGCACUGUUUUUACCAGACUGUAAAUUUAUAAGUUAACAGUAAUCUACAUGAUGUCAAGAGCAUUUGUUACCAGUGAAACUGGUUUUUUUAAACCAUUGUAUUUGUACAAUUUUAUAUUUACAAAAAUAUAUACUACGUAUCUUA